AUGAAGGAAGCUCAGGUUUCUAAGGGAAUGGUGGUUACGAUCAAGGAUGUUGAGAUUCCACAGCCAGGUCCCAAGCAAGUCAUUAUCAAGGUUGUAGUGAGCGGAAGUAAUCCUAAGGACUGGAAACUCCCUGAAAUGGGCUAUAUGAACGAUGCCAACACAGGCGACGAUAUUGCCGGCUAUGUGCACAGCGUCGGCUCCGAAGUCUACGAGUUCAAGCCAGGAGACCGCGUCGCUUCUUUCCACGAAAUGAUGACGCCUGGCGGCAGCUUCGCAGAGUACGCCGUAGGCUGGCAACACACGACUUUCCACAUCCCCAAAUCCGUGUCUUUCGAAGAAGCAUCUACAAUCCCCCUCGCCGCCAUGACAUCAGCAAUCGGCCUCCAGUUGCGCCUCGGUCUCCCGGACCCAUGGACUCCCGUGCCAGACGGCAAAAAGCUACCCCUAGUCGUCUACGGCGGCGCCACCGCCGUCGGCGCCUUUGCCAUCAAAAUAGCUCAAAAAGCGAAUAUUCAUCCCAUCAUCGCCGUCGCAGGCCGCGGUAUCUCCUAUGUUGAAUCGCUACUAGACCGCUCCAGAGGCGACACAGUCGUCGAUUACCGCAACGGCGACGAAGCCGUCGUAAAAGGGAUCCGAGAUGCGCUUCAAGGAGAAAAACUUACUUACGCCUUUGACGGCGUGUCCGAAAAAGGCUCGUACAUCAAUAUCAGCAAGGUGAUUGAGCCCAAUGGCGCGAUUGCGCUCGUGCUGCCUAGUAAAAAGGAGGAUGAUCUACCGAAGACUUUGACGGUGACGAUGACGCAGGUGGGGUCGGCGCAUAAAGAGGAUGCAGACUUUGCGCAUGUCAUGUUUAGGUGGAUGGCGAGGGGGUUGCAGGAAGGCUGGUUUAAGGGACAUCCGUUUGAGGUUGUGCCGGGGGGGUUGCAGGGUGUGCAGACGGGAUUGAGGGAUUUGAAGGAGGGGAAGGCGAGUGCGGUUAAGUAUGUUUAUAAGAUUGGAGAGGAGUAA